AUGCCAUCAGAAUUUGGCCACAGUCUCGGCCACACAAACCCAAUUACCGGUCUUCUUCCCUUCCUCAAACAAGCCCUCCAACACCUUCUCCCCACCGCAACACGAACAGCAGCCUCCUUACCAAGGAACCCAGUGUACGUCCUCGGAAACCAAUCCGCGGACUUGGAUUCUAUCGUUUCUGCAGUUUUAUACUCUUAUUUCUUCUCUAGAUCCACUCAAAGUAUCCACGUGCCACUCGUGAAUCUACCAGAUGUGCCUAGUGGAACUGAAUUGAGGAGAUUGCGCCCAGAAUUUGCAUGUGCGUUUGGGCUUGCGACUUCUAAAUCAUCCAAAGAUCGGGAAAAGCUUACUACAGAUGCUGGCGAGGAUGGUAUUGUGCGGCUGCUAAGGGACCAUAUUAUCACCGUGGCCGACUUGCGUGCGCGGCUACUGUCUUCCAACAAACUUGAAAAGGGAGGUGAGAAACUAGAGCUAGAUGCUGUCUUGGUCGACUGGAACAAACCACCACACAGUAUCAGUGAAGAAACCACGAAGGAAGGAAAGAAAAUCGUUAAAGGGUCCAUAGACGGCCUUGCUGACCUUGCCACCUUCUCAAUCGCCGGAUGCAUUGAUCACCACGCCGAUGAAGGCUUCGUCCCUUCUGCAGAGGAUCUGGUCGAUAGUAGUAAUCCCCGUGUGAUCGAGCUCGGUCCCGGCUCAUGUACCAGUUUGAUCAUUCGCGAGGUGCAGCGUCGUGGACUAUGGCCCUCCUCUUCCUCCUCAGCCGUAGACGAACCGCAUAGCGCAGAUGCACAUGCGGACGCCGAACUUGCGAAACUCGCGCUCGCAGCGAUAUUGAUUGAUACGACGAACCUGACGGCGGAGGGGAAAGUAACCGAUGUCGACCGCGAUGCUGUCUCGUUUCUAACAAGAAAAAUCGAAGAAUCGGCACCGUUUCGCGCAGGUACAGAGGUAUGGGACCAAAAAGCCCUUUUCGAGGAAGUACAGUACGCGAAAGCGCAUAGUCUGGACUGGCUCACUGUAGACGAGAUUCUUGGGAGAGAUUAUAAGGAUUGGACGGAAACUAUGCCCUCGGGGGAUACGACGGUGAUUGGCAUAGCCAGUGUUGUGCGGCCACUGAGCUGGAUAAUAGCUAAAGCGAAUGAGGAAAACGGACUUAAGGAGGAGAAAAACUUAAAUUCUCUUCUUGAGAAAACUAAGCAAUUUGCUGGUAAGAGAAGCUUGGACGUGGUGGCGAUUAUGACUGCGUUUACUUCGAAGAAGGAAGAGUUUCAGAGAGAGUUGCUUCUCUGGGUAGUCAAUGAGAAGCGGAUUGAGCAAGGGGAGAUUUUUGUAGAGAGUGCUAGGGAGGAGUUGCAACUGGAAAAAUGGAGUCAGUUCCCUUUCGACGGACGUCAGGAAGUGGGCAGGUUGUAUAUUUGGAAGCAAGCAAAUUUAGGGAAAAGUCGGAAACAGGUUGCUCCUCUAUUAAGGGAGGUGUAUACA